CUCAAACACAUGAUGUGGAAGCAGCACCAGUUCACUUCGUGAGCUCCUCUGGUACACAUCCUAUCUCCCUCGAUAUGACGCGGUUUCCUGUGCAUGUCCUUUUGACAGUCGCCAUCCCUCUGGGUCUCACGCCGGCACAUAGGGGCCUCCUCGGAACCACUCUGGCCAACGACGAAGACUGCUCAUCUGCUGAUUUUAUUGUGGAGGAAGACAAUAUCACUGACAUAUUCACCGUGCAAGAAAACAUAUCUGAAAUGGUCGAAAAAAAAUCUACGCGAAAUUCGAGAAUGGUUUUAAAGGCGUCUCCUUGAUGGUAGAGAGCAUUGUUAUAAACGAUCAGUUUCCAGUGGAACAUUGCAGACAGGACACGUGGUUUCCUAUGGACAAUCAAUGUUUAAAAUACAACUCAUGGCAUGAAAUAAUAGUGAAAGUCCAAUUAAAACCCAAUAUGUCCCUGGAUUUGUUUGUGAUGUCUAAAGAGUGCAUCUGGAAUUGUCAAAUACAUGACAACUUCACGGCUUUCAAAAGUGUCACCUUAACUGCUCAUGGUCCCUCUAGGUGGACUACUACUACAAUUCUGUCCAACUCUUGCUCCAUACUGCCCUUUAAGCCGAGAAGAGACAUAGCGGAGAUCCCUUGCAAGAAUCCUCCUCCAAAAAACUGCACCGUACCCACGGCUUCAACACUCACCACACCACCUCCACCUCCCUCAUCAUCCAUAGCGGAAGAGGUGCUUGCUUCAUUAAUAGUGUUGGGAGUGGUGGUGGUGGUGGUGGUAGCGAUGCUGGUGGCUCGUCAGAUGCAACGACGUCGUUUAACACGAUCAGAUUCUAUGAUGUGGCGAUCCCAAGCAGCCGGGGAGACACACACCAGAGAGAACAGCUUGUAUGAAUCUUGUGACAACUACAUCAGCAGGGCAGCAGUUGCCAAGGGCAGACACUAGUAAUACGACAGAAACAGCUUGUACGAACCAUGUGAAAACUACACCGGCAGAGUCUGACACUGGCUACAAAACGGAGAAAAGAAGACACCUUGCACACUGGAAUCUCUACACCUUCAUGAACACACUAUGCUCUAGUCUACGGCACCCUGCUAGCACCUACGUGGAAUUUUCUGUUCUCUGUACUGUUCGUGUCGUAGCGCCCAGUGAAUGGUUUAUUAUAUUAUCAUACAGUGUUUUCCAACUACGGCAGACUUAGGUGAGAGGUAGGAAGCUGGCUUUUGGGGAUAACAUAAAGGAUGGAAAUGAUCAACUCCUUAUGUAAAUGUACAUACAUAUGCAAAUAGAUAAAGAAGAAAUAAAAUCUAUAGCAAGCAGGUGAAAGACGGUCUGAAAGAUAAUUUUUCCUGAUAAUAAAAUUUUUACUUCACAGAGAUUUAUCUCAACUAUAAUAAUUACAUAUUUGCAUCUUGCUCAUCGACUUUAUGUAUGAAACUCUCUCUCUCUCUCUCUCUCUCUCUCUCUCUCUCUCUCUCUCUCUCUCUCUCUCUCUCUCUCUCUCUCUCUCUCUCUCUCUGUACACUUAAAAGAUAUCUUAAGUUAUUUAUGAUUUAUUUCUAUUUUACUUACGUGUCUUUGCAUGCAAUUAAUAAUUAAAAAUAUUUAUUUUUAAAUGACUGUUAUUUCUUUCGAUAUUAUGUUUAUUCAGCAUAGAUACCACUGGUAAUAGAUUUACGUAAUGUAUCUAAGUAAUUAUAAUGUAUUUUGUGUAACUCAAACCAUCAUUUCUUUUAUGUACUAUUUUGUUUAGUGUGGAAAUAAAAGGUGAUAAAUUCCCAUUGCUCAACAUGGGAGAUUCCGGCCAGUGUCUGCUGAUCAUAAGCUCCUCCUACAGACUCGGGCUCUGUGCACUGACUUCACUUGGAAUGAAUAAGAACGAGUAAGAUGCCGUUUUCUUUAUCUGUAUUCUCUCAUCCUUGAACAGUUGGGGCUAAAUAAUUGAACCUGCACUCACUUCCAAUGUAAUUUACAGUCUCAAAUUGUCUGACUGAUCUACUGGCAGUCUCCUUACAAAAGAUGGCAAUGGCACAUUAAAGUACCUAAAACAUUAAA